CCAGAGGUAGAGAGAGUAUCAUUGACAAGUAUCAAGAACAUAACUGGUCCAAGCUUUGUACCCUGUGGCACACCUGCUUUCAGUGAUGAUUUCUCUGACAGACAAACUUGGUAUCGGAUACGCUGGAUGCGACCAGUCAGGAAAUUAGAGAUCCAUUUUUACAAUGAAACCUUGAGUUAGUUCUAUCAAUUUCCUAAGCAUGACAGUAUGGUCAACCCUGUCAAAGGCUUUUGAGAUAUCUGUUGUAAAUCCUUGUAAUGACAGUCAAUGUCGUCCCUGUAAGGGUACAACAUAUUACACAUAUUAAUGUGUAGGUGAUGAUGAUGAUGAUAACGUACAUGUAUACACUGGUACUUAUUAGUUGUAUUAAUUUCCAUUUUCUUCACUAAUGUGGCCUUUGCAUGGAGAUCAGCCAUCCAGUUCCCUUUGAUUCCACAAUGUCCAGGUAUCCACUCUACGUACAUGUACAUGUAUAUAUCAACUCCUUCACUCAUGGUCAUGGUGAGAAUCUCCAGAAUAAAAGGUUUGUCCUUCUGUUUUUGUAAUGCAAUAAGAGCACUCAGUGAAUCACUAAAAUAUAACAACCCCUUUGUCAUUCUUGCUGUUCUCUUAUGAUAGACAUGAAAUAACACACCCAACCGAAAUGGACACCAACCGACCUUCCAGCAGCGGCACCCAGAUGUUCGCUCGCAUUCAGACAAAUCCUAGUCCCAUAGUUCAGAUAAGCUAUUCGCCCAUUCAAACCCCGCAAGGGACUGUGAUGAUGCCUGUUGCCAAUGUCACCCAGAACUUUAGCCCCACCCUAGCCGCCCAGAAACAUUCAAUCCUCCCCAUCCACCUGUCGAAUGCAUCCGGAGUUGUCAUAGCCGGGGCAAGAAGAGAUGGCAUCCCCACCGGCAGCCUCCAAGGACCAGAGAGGGGCAGAAUAUCAGCUGGUGUCAUGGCAACGACCCCAGUCCAUAUGUCAAGCGAGAGGGGCAGGAUGAGCGCAUCGGGUGUUGCUAUGGUAACGAGAAGAGAUGUUGAGAUGGGGGAAGGGCAUCAAGAGGAGUCCAGACCGAACAUGUCAAGGUUGUCCAGUGUGCUGAACUCGCUCUCUGAUCAGGACCAGGCCAGCAUGGAUCUGGAAGUCCAGUCUGUCAUGUUCCCAGAGAGUAGAGGACUUCUGCCCACAGUGAAGAGGAUUUGUCCAAGUAGAUCAUCAUCUUCAAGCAAAGCAUCAAGCAAGUCCAGCUACUCACCCAUGAGGCAAUCUACCACUUUCACCAAUACAAAGAGGGGCAACAUCCAAACAACUACACCAACAUUUCCUAUGGUUGAACAGAGUAUCCACCAGCUUGCAGCACAGGGAGAGUUGGCGUUGAUCACAGAAAGGCUAGAAUCGGGGUCAGAUAUCGAUGAAAGCGACUCGUUGGGUCACACCGCCCUCACAUGGGCAUGCCAGCACAAUCAGGCAGACAUGGUGCGCUUUCUACUGGACAACAGCGCAGACCCUAGCAAGGCCAGCCUAGACGGAGAGACCAGUCUCGCCUUCUCGUGCAGUGUAGGCAAUGUGGAUAUAGUACACAUGCUACUGGAUAAGAAAGCCCCAGUUAAUGUGUAUGACUAUAAUGGAGGGACCCCAUUGGUGUAUGCUGUUUAUCACAACCAUCCUGCCAUUGUGAAGAUGCUAUUAGAUUCCGGGGCAGACAUGACGCAAGAGAUGGAAUCCGGACACACCCCUCUCAGUCUAUCUAUGGUACUGGGUCAUAAACAGGUUCAGAGAGUGAUAGAGCAACACAUGCUGUCGCUGCUUCAGAUCACCUAGAACAGAGAGACAGCCAUACGUGUCCCAAAGAAGCCAGACAUGCCCAGUCCUCGAAAGCCCUCUAGGAUGAACGGAUAUAGUGCAAUGAUGAACAGAUUUUUUACUGAAGCAAAGAGUGAUAGAGCAACACAUGCUGUCGCUGCUUCAGAUCAUGUAGAACAGAGAGAUGGCCAAACGUAACCCAAAGAAGCCUGGCUUGCCCCUAUACUCGAAGCCCUCUAGGAUCAAAAGAUGUAGUGUAGUGUAGGACUGCAAUGAUGAACAGAUCUUUGACUGGAGGAUAUUUUGGGGAGAGUUGGCACCAGGACUUGACAUGUUGUGAUUUUUCAGUGCGAAUGAGUGGGAAUGCAUUCUCUAUGAAGACACUGAUCCAGAUAAUCUGCUCCUCUUCAAAGCUUUAUAAAAGGGGAAAAGGAUAGAGACCUAUAUGUACAGUGCAAUAAUACUUUGUCACUUCCUAAGCGAAGUGAGCAAAACAUGAACAAGAAGCUCCAUUGAAUGGACUCCUUUGCCAAUGCAGUAGAUGUGACAUGGACUAGUCACUAUUUUAUAGCCAGAGCGAGAUAAUCCCAUCUUCUGUGCCAUGGCCCCUGUCUCAUUGUGAAUAACAAGAUCAUCGCAAGAAUUUUCCAUGGACGUUUUUUCCCAGGUAAUAGUAUUUUUAUGUUUAUUCCAACUGACUUCUAACAAAGCAAGUACAUGGUUCUUCAUAUUUGGACCAACCACGUAAGUCCUUUCCACUUCGUGAUAUCAGGAUGAAUGCUUUAUGGGAGGGCACACGGGCAAUACUAAGGGCUUGAUGUGGUUUUGAACCUGGGACCUUCCAGUUACAAGACAGCUACCACUAAGCCAUCACACCUCAAUUAAUUUUUCCUUCUGUGGAUUCAAAUGGCAUUAUUACACUUAAUAAUCCAGAAGUUAGUGUGACCAAUCAUCAUCUGCAAGACUGUAUUCAAUAGAUCCUUGAAAGGGCACAAUUGUAUUUCUCACAGAUCUAGGUCUGCAUGAUUUGUAAAUAAAUAAUAAUAAAUAAUAAUAAUAAAUAAUAAUAAUAAUAAAAACGUUACUUAUACAGCGCUGAAUAAGUGUCUUCAUGUUUUUGUUUUUUGUUUAAAUUGUGCAAUUAUCUGAGAGAAAGUCAUCAAUGGAGAUGAUACAGUAUUAUUGAAGUUUAAUCAAAUUUCAGCAGCAUUUUUACAAAAUUUAAGUUUUGAUCUACAAAUGUAUAUACCUAGGCUAAAUGCAUUAAUAGUUAGAAAAUUCUGCUAUGCAGCCUUUUCUUUGAAGGAAAUGUACAAGUAUUUGCUAGACCAGUCAAAAUAAAUAGUUUUUUUCAAAUUCAUCCUGAUGGUUUGCCAUAAGAAAGAGAAAAUAGAUUAACUGGUAGUCCAAUAAGUAGAAACAAAUAUAAAAACAAGAAAAAUAAAUGGAUAUACACUUUUAAACCCAAAAAUUAUGUUCAUUCCAAACACUCAGUCAACUGAAUAUAAGAAACAAGAUAAUCUCGGCUGUCAGGACAUACCAUAGUCUUGGGGAAAUACUUUUCGGUCGACAAUAAGAAAAUAUGUUGCUCUACAUACACCUCAAAAUUGUAUGUUUCAAAAAGCAGUCUGUGAAUUUAUUCUUCAUUCACCAAUUUUAUCAUGGGGUUCAAGAUAAUAUUUGACCUCUCAAAAUGCUCUUCAACAAUCUGUCUGUCUUCUGAUUAUCAUUGGGAUCAAAGAUCACGUUAUCAAUAUCAAACUAGACUCUACUCAAUUUUCUGUUCUUGUUUUCGCUGCUUAUGUGUAACAUGAUAGAUGUAAUGACUAUUCUUUUUGACAUUUUAAAACUAAAUCUUUAUUUUUCCAGCAGGCUGGAUUUUAAAAUUUCUUUAAAUCUUAAAAUUAAAAUAUGAAUAUUGUCUGAAAAAAUGAUAUCCAGUUGAUAUUUUCCUUUAAAUCCUUGGAAGCUACUACUACCAGCAUCUAUUUUCAAUGUAAAUGCCUUUGUUUUCUUCCUAAAUUGUGUAUACAUAGGUAUAUAUUCAGGUGCACCCCUAGUGUUUCUGUUAUGUUAAAAUAAGUUUCAUGAUCAUAAAAGCAACACUUGAUUUUAUAAUUCUUUAUGUCUUGCCUUUGGAGAAAGUUUUGAAAUUUGCAAAUUCUUCCCAUUUUUUAUCCCUCCACCUAGUACAUGCAUUAUGUUGAUACAUGGCAUUCUUUGUUAAUAAUGUGAAGUGUAUAUAGUAGUUCAGUCUUUAUGCAAGUGAUGUAUAUUUGACCAUACUUUGAAGAAAAGGAAGAGUUUCAUUGACUCUGUAUAUUGCUCGACUUUCAUUUUGGAAGAUUAAAGAAGUGGAUUUGUACGAAAAAUGAUUAU